CUUGCUGCUGCCGCUGCUGGUAGUUUAUGCGAGGAACUCCCGAACUAUUUCGGUAACCCGUUAUAACGGUCGACAUGGCGACCGAGGAAAUUAUUAAGCGUUUCCUUAAGAAAAGAUGAAGAUAGCAAAUACUCGGUUUCAGGUUUCACACUAUGUGCUGAUCACCCGGGACGUGUGAAUUUAUUUAAGAACUCCUGUGUUGAGAAGAUUUUUUGAUUCCAGUGGAAUCUUCCAUUUUUUCCUCAUCUCCUGCUUUCCCCUUUUGUUAAAUGACACACCCAACUACACAUACACACGUGCACUCACCUAGGAGAAUCCCCCCUACCCUUUUUUACAUGUAGAAGACCCUUGCUACGAUGCCUGUACAAGCUCCACAAUGGACAGAGUUUUUACUGUGCCCCAUAUGCACCCAAACGUUCGAGGAGACGGUGCGUCGACCCAUCAGUCUUGGUUGCGGCCACACCGUUUGCAAAAUGUGCCUCAACAAGCUGCACCGCAAGGCCUGUCCCUUCGACCAGACGGCCAUCAACACUGACAUUGAGCAGUUGCCCGUCAACUCUGCCCUGUUACAGCUGGUCGGUGGUCAGGUGCCCAAACAGCAACCUGUGGCACUCAUUACCUGUCCAGAGGACACCAAGCAUUAUGAGGAGGCACGGCAAUGUGUGGAGGAGCUUGCCCUCUACCUCAAACCCCUCAGCAAUGCACGAGGGGUGGGGUUAAGCAAUGCUGCUCAGAGCAUGCUGAGCCGCCCAAUGCAGAGGAAGCUGGUGACUCUGGUGCACUGUCAGCUGGUGGAAGAGGAAGGUAGGGUCAGGGCCAUGCGGGCGGCCCGUUCUCUGGGUGAAAGAACCGUUACAGAGCUCAUCCUGCAGCACCAAAACCCCCAGCAGCUCUCAUCCAAUCUGUGGGCUGCUGUCAGAGCAAGAGGCUGCCAGUUCCUGGGUCCAGCCAUGCAGGAAGAGGCACUAAAGCUGGUACUGUUGGCCUUGGAAGAUGGAUCUGCUCUUUCCAGAAAGGUUCUGGUUCUCUUUGUGGUCCAAAGACUUGAACCAAGGUUUCCUCAGGCCUCUAAAACCAGUAUUGGACAUGUAGUUCAGCUCCUCUAUCGUGCCUCAUGCUUCAAGGUGACAAAGCGAGAUGAGGACUCGUCACUAAUGCAAUUGAAAGAGGAGUUCCGCACAUAUGAGGCACUGCGGCGGGAGCACGACUCUCAGAUUGUUCAGAUCGCCAUGGAGGGAGGCCUACGCAUCGCCCCCGAUCAGUGGUCCUCUCUGCUUUAUGGAGAUCAGUCCCACAAGUCCCACAUGCAAUCUAUUAUUGACAAGCUGCAGACGCCAGCAUCGUUUGCUCAGAGCGUACAGGAGCUGACCAUUGCACUGCAGAGGACAGGUGACCCCGCCAACCUCAACCGACUAAGACCUCACCUCGAGCUGCUCGCUAACAUCGACCCCAGUCCAGAUGCUCCUCCUCCUACUUGGGAGCAGCUAGAGAAGGGGCUGGUAGCAGUAAAGACGGUGGUCCAUGGGCUGGUGGAUUUCAUCCAGAACCACAGUAAAAAGGGAGCUGACACGCAGCAGCCACCCCAGCACAGCAAGUAUAAAACAUACAUGUGUAGAGACAUGAAGCAAAAAGGAGGCUGUCCCAGAGGAGCCAGCUGCACCUUUGCCCACUCUCAGGAGGAGCUGGAAAAGUACCGUAAAAUGAACAAACGUCUUGCCGCAAGGUUGCCCUGCACUCCUGGUCUGCUUCCUGAAGAUGUGGUUUCAUUAGACCCCGGACGGAAGUCCCUUACCAAUGGAAUUGCUGGUCCUCUUCCCCAGCUCAUCCCCAGAGGCACAGAUCCCUCUAAUUAUGAACUCUUACUCAAACCCAAGAUGGAUGCCAAUAGCCUCAGCGCUCCUGGGUCACCACCUGACUCGGCAGAGCACUUACCCAUGCCCAAGCAGUUGCCAGUUGUAUCCAGAGGUGCUCCACAGAUGUAUCCUCAACAGCAACCUGAGCUUUUCUACUCAGAGCCACCCAGACAUCCACCCUCAGGAUCUCAAUAUGAUGCUCAAUAUCCAGCAGGCAACCCCUACCCAUACCAGCCUCCACAGUAUGUAUCUCCCCGUUACAUCCGUAACCCACCUCCACCUGGCGAGUCAGCAGUGUCCCCCUACCCAGAGCCCUACCCUGGUUACGGCCCAGAGCGCCCAUAUCAGAGCCACCAUUCAGGUCCUCCUUUCUCAGCCCACCCCUACGCACCUCCCUCUCAUUACAGCCGCAGGCAUGGACAUUAUCCUGCACCCCCACCUCAAUUUGCACCUCCCCGAGAUGACUUGGUGAGGAUGAGCCCUGUUCCUUUGGAUGUUCCUCCAGCCUCUAUGCCUCCACCUCAAGCAGGGGCCGCAGGAUCUCUGUACCACUCCCAGGAGUCUUCAUCACGCGACAGAUACCCACAAGAGGGGUACUAUCCCACUGGACCACACCCCAGCCAAAUGAGAUCCCACAUGAGAGACCCAUACAGUCGUUCUCAGCCCAGUCUGGAUGAUUUGCACCGCAGGCGUAAGGAGCUGCUGGUCCAGCUGGAGGAGAGAAAAGUCAUCUCUCCCCCACCCUUCGCUGCCUCCCCAACUCUCCCCACACACCCUUUCCCCAACGACUACCCUCAGGAGUAUUUAGAAGAUGGCUCAAAACCCUUUGGAAGUCGGGAGCCGGAGUACGCUGGGCAGUAUUCCCCCUGGUCAUGUGAUACAAUAGGAUCAUACAUUGGCUCCAAGGAUGCUAAACCAAAAGAUCUCAGUAGCGCUGUGCAGAUGAUGAACGCAGAGGGAAAGGUUCUGCGUGAGCCUCCGCUAGACAGCCAGCGACGCUCCGCAGAAGCCAAAGAUGACGAUCCCAUCAUUCCUUUCGGCCCUUUGCCCACAGUUUCCCCCUUUGGUGCCAUUUCGCGCACAUCUAAAACGGGUUAUCAGACCACUGGGCCAAUACAGGCCAUGGCUUCAUCACAGGCCUCAGGCUCCAAACAUAUGACAAUGACAGCCGACUAUUCAUAUGGAAACCACAGCGGGUGGGGCGGAGCGCCGUACGCUCAGCACCAGAGCAUGAACACUCAGGGACACUUCAGCGAGCGUAUGCCCGUGUCUGGCCCUGACCGGGAGCAGCUCAAGAUAGAGCUCCAGCAGGUCAACCAACAGAUAAGUCAGCAGACCCGUGGCAUGGAGGCUGCCAGUAACUCCAUGCUCCUGCAGAGGGAGGCGUGUGCAUUGGCGUCCCAGCCAGCAGCACCAGUGAAAUGGUCUACAGGUGCCGUCGUGUCCAGCGAGCAGCUCAGCCUGGAAUUGCAUCACGUGGAGCGAGAGAUUGGAAAGAGGACCCGUGAAAUCGCCAUGGAGAAUCAGGUGGCACAUGAAUACAAAAUGAAGGCCACUGAGAAUGGGCAGCCUGACCAUAAAGCCCAGCUGGAGGAACUCUCUUUAGCACUGGGUGAGGUGUCUAAUGGAUCCAGUGGCAUGAAGCCAGCCAGUGGGGUGGGUGGAUCUAUGCUGUCGCUGACCAAUAAGACGUCUUCUCUCACCCUCUGCUCUGCUGACCAAUCAGCAAGUAGCUCAGACCUUCAGAAGAAUGGUGUUGUUCACUCUUGCUCUUAAGAGUGUUAUUUACACAAUAAUAUCCUCUUUACUUCCAAUGGUCAGUAUUCUUUUUUGAGGGGGCUUUAAAACACCUUGACUAAUUGGAACGGGAGGAGAAGCAGGGUGGAAGACGUCGAGAUGUGUUUUUAAUAUUCAAACAGAGCACGCUGAUAUGAGGAACACACACGCGCAUACACCUGCAUGCUGCUACAUGCAUGCACACACACACAAACUUUUGUUGUUUUAUUUAGAAAAAUGAGCAGUAUCUGCCGUGAUAUAAAUUUUCUUUCUUUUUGUUCUGUGAAUGAGCUUUUUGUUUUAAACGACUUCUCAUCACCUGGAAACCAGGGCAUCUGAAUAAUGCUUUUUGCAGUUUUCCCCGGAUAUCAACAGUAAACCCAAAGCUAGCACGAAGAAGCCGACACAAAUUUGAUAUAAUUAACAAAAUGGAAAUUUAGCAUGGGGCCGAUUCAAGUGGGGCUCGGUUGAAACGUAUAAACUCCUUGGAUCCCUGCAGCCUUGAAUAUGAUCUGACUCACCAGGUGUAAAGUAGCACGGAGAACCUAUUAUGAAUCCAUUUUUAUGGACCGUUAACAUGGGACUCCCCACACAACAUACAUACAACCGUGGCAGUGUAUCGCUGUAAAACAGUUAGAUUGAGCUCUGAAUAACACAAAGGGAACGAUAUAAAUAUAUAUAAUCAGUUGUCAGAUUAUGUUUAAUUUAUGGUUUGGCUAUAUAACUGUUAAGGAAUUUGUACAUGUAUGGUAAAACGUGUGUCGUAAGCGUUCUGUUUUAUAGAAUGCAAACAAAUGUCUUUAAAAUGAGCACUUUUUCCAUGUUUUUCCAUGAGUGUGUGCUUUUCAGUAGGGAAGGUUCAACACUUCAGGUCCCUUGUGUUCUUCAGAGCUUUGUGGUCCGGGAUGAAAUUAUUUUUUGUCUCUUAGCGCCACAGUUGUUUUGUAAGAUUACAGCCUAUUAGGAAAUAAUUUCAUCAGUUUUCCCUAACUUCUGUGAAGUUGCAUAUUUGGCUUUACUGGUUGAGUUUGCAUAUUCAGGCGUACCGCUGCAAGGAAACAUACCAGGGCAGGUAGUUUCAACAACAGCCGAGUGACCGAGUUACAGUUUUGAAAGAGAAAUUUGCAUAUGAAUUCCAAUAAAAAAAUUCUGUUGGCUUUCAACACAGGCGUUUAUACUAGAUUAGCUAUUUAAUGUUUUUUUUAUUUUAUUAAAUAGAACUGUAAAUGACCUCUUUGUUGGUUCGAUUUAUUCAAAAUCAAUUCUCUAGAAAUAUUUACGAAUUUCGACCGAGAGCAGGAAAAAAUAUCUUAAUGGUUUGUAAUAUGCAAAUUAUUGUAUUGAAUAAAUGCGACCAUUUACGUAAGAAUGCUUUUACGAACUACUUACAAUUCAUUCUGCUCGCGAUUAACGAAUAAGGACCAAUGAUUUCUAUCACCCAGCUUUGACUUAAAGGGAUAGUUCACCCAAAAAUUUGAUAAAUGAUGUAGGCACGCAAGUGCCAUAACCAUUGACUUCCAUAGUAGGAAAACAAAUAUUAUGGAAGUAUUGUGAUAAAUGUUGAAGAUAUUUUAAUAAAUGAUGGUAAGCACACCAUUGACUUCCAUCGUAUUUGUUUUUCCUACUAUGGAAGUCGAUGGUUACAAUCAGCUGUGUGCUUACCAUCAUUUAUUAAAAUAUCUUCUUUUGUGUUCAUCAGAAAUUUAUAGGUUUAGAACAUCAUGAUGACAGAAUAUUCAUUUUUAGGUCAACCGUCCCUUUAAAUGUGUCUAUUCAGCGACUGUUUUAAAAUGAUGCCCCGUACGAGAACAAGAUUAUUUGAAGUCUUCCUAUAGUGAUGACAUUCUUCACGUGUGACAUUUUGUUCUAGUCUCUUGAGACCGACUAUGAUAUACAGCUCCGAUUUUGGGUGCAACCUCUUAACAUGUUGUCUUUGUCGUUUUUGUGCUCUAGUCGUGACGGUAGUUGAUUUUUCCUAUUAAGAUGACUUGUAGUCAUGGUCAUUUGAUGUUAUUGCUCGUGCAGAGCGCGCACAGCCUUUUCACGCAAUCUUCAAGAUUGAAGUCGAGCUGUGCAGAGAUGACGUCAACCUUUCUAUUGAGGUUUAAAAUUAUCGUCUUGUAGCCAAUUCUCCAGAAAGUCACCUUUAUCGAUGCAAAAUUGUUACUUCCUCCCUCUCUUUAACACGGAAAUUGAAUCGAAUAGUAAAGUUUUUCCACAUUAAAAGACCUAUGCCUUGACUGAUAUGUAGGUCUGUUUAAUGCAUUCUUAGCUGAGUAAAACUAUUGCCCCAAAUUAGAGUAUCAAAAUCUGCUCGUAGGGUUCAAGCCUUUGUUGUAGCCUGUUCUUGGGUCAAUUUCACAAAAAACAUGUCUGGUUUGUAUUUCGUCUUAACAUCCCAAAUGAAAAAUGUAUACUUUUUGCAUAAUGGAAGUUGAUCUUAUUUUUAAGACCAUCAAGGUGUUAACAUUAUUUAAUGAUAAGUCUUAUUACCGUUAUGCAUAUGGUUAUUAACCUUUGUAAUUUCCAUUAUUCUCAAUGGGGAUUUUUAUAAAACUUGCAAUACUGGAAAAAUAGUGCUUCUUAAUUUAUAUCAUAAUACGGUACCACACGUACAUAAACAUAAUGUUUAUUACAAUAAUAAGAAUAGCAUUUUUCUGGUUUUACGUGAAAUAAGGCUUAGAGAUGUUUUAGACAACCUGUGAGGUUGACCCAACUGCCUUUUACACUAGUUUUGAAUCAGUUUUACGAGCCACCUCACCCAUCCCAUUUGCGUUUAGUCGACUUUUAAAGUACGUUAAUGAAUUGCUUUCUUUAAGGAAGAAUGCACUCACUGAAUUGAACUUACAUGCAAACAGGGAAAACGAACACUUCUCAAAUUUGCAUAGGAUACGUUUAAUCCAGUGAUUACCAUCAGUACUUCACUAAACUUAACACGCUCCAUUAGCAUUGGAUUUUCUUGGGUUCUUGUUAGGUGGACGUGCUAGCAUGAUGAGCGUUCAGUUUCACAAUGCUAACUGCUGCUACGACAGCCUGACACGUUAGCCAGCGCUUGCCUGGUGUGCUGAUAUUUUCCGUUUGGCUUUCACAGAGUGCCCAAUGUUGUAUUACAGUAAGCAUUCUCGAGUGACGCACUGCCAGGAUGUUUUUUAAUUUAAUCUUUUGGAUUAUAUGGGAAUGUGCUAUCUUGUAUUUAAUAUUUAGCACUUGCUUGGGUGCUGUAGAACUUUUUUUUUCUUCAAUUAUCAGUGAUCUCACUGAGAAAAUAAUUUCUGCGUGGAUAUUUUGUUUGUUUGUUUGUUUUACAAAUUAAAUCAUGUCGAUUACAUUAGCAACUUUAUGGGAAACGACUCCGUAAAGGCUCAUUUACAGUUUGUGUGCAUGAGUUUUUUUUUUCUUUAAUAGAGAAAUUGCAGGAUAUUGUGAUUUUCUUAGAGAAUAGGUCUGUUCCUAAUGGAUGAUAUUCAUUUCUCUGCCUGAAUCGUGUCUGUUUUGAACAGACCUGUUGAAUUCAUUUAAAUGAAGAGCAAAUUAACUCAUUUUGAAUCUUAUAACACUGUUAUGGCUUUGUCUUUUUUUUGGUUAUUGUUUUAUUCCUAACUUUUUGGGAAAUGUAAUGGCUUUUUUAUGAUUACUUCCAAGUUGUCUUGUAAAAUCUCUUAAAUUAAGGUACAGGCUCAAUUUCAACAAGGAAAGGUUUUAUAUAUAAAUAUAUAUUAUACUCCAUUAAGGAAUGUUUAGAACCAUCUUACUCCAAUGUGGAUGUAGCCAUUAUUACGCCAUUUAAUGACUUUGUAAAAGAAUUCACUGUGUGAAAAUUGGUUUGCAUUUUUGUAUAAUACAAUCUGCUUUUUUGUUUUAAAGGAUAGGGAGGUAAAACUGGAUGUUAGAGAAUGAUAUAAAAAAAUAAUAAUUUAACUGAUACCUGUGAUAUGGAGAAGAAAAUGUAACUUGUACAAUGCUUCUAAAUAAGAGGGAUGGAAUAAACAAUAUUGGUAACACUGCUAUAAAGA